AUGCUUCAGCUCAAAUUUCUAGCUUUUCUUAUCGUGCCAGCGCUGGCUGGCAUGACCAAAACUGGCUCCCUUUGUACAGUUACCCCCUCCGGUUCCAAGGAUGAUAGUCCUUCCAUUAUGGAUGCCUUCAAGCAAUGCGGACAAAACGGUCAGAUCGAAGUCACAAAAGGUGACUAUACCAUCGCCAAAGUAAUGGACGUCUUGAACCUGAAGAACUGCGACAUCUCUAUUCGCGGCAAACUGACCUGGAGCGAUGAUAUUCAAUACUGGGUCAAGAAUAGUGUAGGCGUGACGUAUGCUCAGCGAAGUACAGCAUUCCGCCUAGGGGGCGAAAACUUCACUCUACUGGGACACGGCGAAGCGCUUUUCUUUGGAAACGGGCAGAAGUGGUAUGACGCAAAUCGUGAUGGAAGCAAUAUGGCUGGUAGGCCGAUCAGCUUGACACUCUGGCAAGCGAAGAAUGUAUGGAUUGAUGGAAUCACUUGGCGACAGUCACAAUUUUGGCACACGUUUGUCGCCUACUCACAGAAUGUCACCAUGACAAACCUCGACAUGAACGCCACUUCGUCUUCACAAUGGGGCACUGUCAACACCGAUGGCUUCGAUAGCUGGAACUCACAGGAUAUAGUGCUAAAAAAUUGGGUUGUGACAUGCGGCGAUGAUUGCAUAUCGGUCAAAGGUAACAGCAAGAACAUUUACGUCAAAAACGCAACCUGCUACGAGUCCGGUGCCAUGGUCAUCGGAUCAAUGGGAAACCCUACCAACGUUCCUGAGACGGUUGACAAUGUGCUUUUCCAAGACAUUACUGCAAUUCAUAGUUCCAACGCAGCUUGGAUCAAGACGUACCCAGGUCAAGGCCAUGUCAAGAACGUCACCUUCCGCAAUAUCAAGUUUCAAGACGUCAAUCAACCCAUCUACGUCUCGCCUUGUAUUUACAGUUACCAAAACUGCGAUUCGAGUCGGUUAAAGAUUAGCGACAUUACGUGGGAGAACAUCACAGGCACUUCAAGAUAUAACGUGGCUGCAGCGAUUUAUUGCAGUCGCGGAGUACCUUGCACGGGUCUGAAGUUUAAGAACAUUGAUAUCAAGCCUAAGAACGGAGGCACUGCGAAAAUAUUGUGUUCAAACAUGAACAGCGACAGUGGAUUGGCAUGUACUGGUACGUGUCCAGCUGGAUGGAAGCAGCAGUUGAGCGGAAAC